AUGAAAGUGGCCCAAAGGGUCGGUUACACCGGCCGGACCGAAGGGAAUGAUACUUCUUCCGGCAAGGCUAAAGCCGUGAUGAUUGAUGGCAUCAUGCAUAACCUGGACACACAUCCACCAAAAGCAGCGGCCCAAGUGGCCCAGUUUCCGGAGACCAGACAGAAGAAGUGGUUCCAAAUUUCACUGACUCUCAAACAGCCCAUUUUACCCAUUAGCGCCAUCCUCGUUGAGGGCUCAACAACAAACGGAAGCCCCCGUAAAACGACUUGA